CCCCACACCAGGACCGUAGAGCCGCACGUAAGGGGUUCUUCGGUUUUGCUCUACUUCGAAAACAUGACGCGCACUAUCCGUCGAAAUGCUCUCGAGAAACUCGCGAAACUUUCCACACAGCCGUCUUCUACUGAAUCUACGACCUCGGAGCUGCAAAGCAUUUACCGUAGGUGUCGCAAUGGCAUCAAGAGGCGACAGAAUGGCUCAUCGUCUCCCAAUGCCUUGAUGAAACUCCCCGAGCUGGAGGGCGUUCUGGCUCUUUGUAAAGCAGCACCUUUCAUCCGAUCCCCCGAAAUUGCCGGUCAGCUUCUCGAACGUCUUGCGCCAUAUCUGCCUGAGUCGUACUCCCAGGUACUUUCCCCCUCGCUGGGCUUUCGCGAAAUCGAUCCCUCGCCGUAUGAGGUCCUUACCAAAGCCCUCACCCACGCGAUCCUUUCACUCGGUAUCCAGCACGAAGAAUUACGGCCACAAGCUCAAGGGGUUAUUGUCCAAUAUGUAAAGGGCUGGGCACAAUCGGCGGUCGACCUUGCGGAGGAGCAGUUCGACCAGGAGGAUCAGGUGGAUUUUGAAACCGAUGGCGAGCUUGCGCAUGUCAUGACCCAGAGCAUGUCGCUUUUGGGAUUCUUGGACGCGUGCGCUGAAUUUGCCAGUUUCUGGAGCCCUCAUGAUCGCCUCACUCUCAUUGAAAAGGUCCGCGCAGCAUUGACCGAGAAGUUCUCCAUUGCCUUCGAGACAGCGCUAUCAAUCGUUCGCAAUGCCCGACCUCAUCAAUAUGGGUUGAAGGAAUGGAAACGCUAUGCGAAGCGUUAUGCGGCUAUCGGACGACCCCUCGGGGCAAUGAUUCUUCAUGAUUCGUUCCUCAAAGUUGUGGUCUCCUGUGCUUCGCUACUUGCUGGAAUCCCCGAGCACGAUUCCAAGGACAAUAUUCUUGAUUCUCUUCGUUCCAAGACAAAUAGUGUCAAGGCGAUUGCAGACGCAUCGGAAGAUAAGCUCGCCGAGGGCUUAGCUGUAAUUGCGGUCGAAGAGAUGGAUCGACUAGAUGAUGAUUUAGACUAUCUUCAGCGAGUAGGAUCGGCAUGGCAGCAGCGUCUGGCUUCUUCAGUCAAAGCAAAAGUUAUCACGACAUAUCUGUGCUGCACCAUCUACGAUGAAGAUAUUGCGGAUGCUGAAGCUUUAAUGCCUUGGUUAGACGGAGCGCUCAAUGAUCCAGCACAAUCAGCAGAUCUCACUUUGGCCUCUACCGUCUUGAAAGCUAUGGUUGUUCUGGCUAAAGCCUCACCCACUAUGGCUUCUAAUCUGGGACGAUCGCUCCCUCGAAUCAUUGUACAGGGUGGUUUCGACAACAGGACAGCAUCCGUAGCUGCUGAUUGCCUGGCUGAGGUAUUGAGCCUUUUGCCACAAGACGCAGUUAUUACUACGUUAUAUAGCUUGGGGAAUGUCAUCAGUACUACUCCCGUUGGCGAUCGAAACUUAGCAGGCUCACCUGCGUUAAAUGUCAAUGGGAAACCUCCAAGGGCAAGUGCCAUAUACAGUCAGCAACAGCUGGGCAGCACGAUAUCGCUCACACCCAGCGACAUCGAAGAGCCGCAUCAUGUGCAUACCACCGUUGUUGAGACUGUUGUCUCGGUGGCCAGAAACUGCAAGGACGAGAAGAUCACAGCUCUAGCUUUGUCCAUGCUUAUCCAAAAAAUCGGCAAAGUUAGUAGGGCUGUCGAUGCUAAGAUAAUCACAGACUCUGCUCUGCUUGGAAUUCAUAGUGGACUCGCAGAGUUCCGGGCCUUGCUUAAACUUUACAACAAGCUCUGCCAUGAUGCUCUGUCGAAGGACGAUCAUAUCACAUUGGAGGCUGUCAUGAGAGCUCGGCUACAUCUUUCGAGGGAGAUCAAUUCAGAUUCAUCUCUUUUCGAAGUGUUUCUCAUGCAGAUGCUCGACACGAUUGUAAGCAAAGGAGAUGCACCAGAAACACAUAGCCGACAAGUUCGUGACACUGAACUGGCUGCUCAAGAGAUUGCUCAGCUCUUCUCACCUUUAGCGCUGCUUCUCUCCCGCAAUGCUGCGCAAACAGACCCUUCACAACUGGACGAUUCUGUUCUUAGCUUGCAGCGGGAUGCUUGGUUUAACAUCGUGGUGCACGGCUUUGAGCUCGACUCCACCCUUACUAAAAAGCACAUGGAGGAACUCAUGACUCUUGCACAGUUCAGUCAACCUCUGAUAACUGAAGAACGAGCCUCACUUGUAGAGAGCGAUAUCGAGCUCAACACUGUUCUACGACGUGGGAAAACCCCCGAGCAUGUAGUUGAGCAGAAGAAACGUCUUGGGAAGCUUUUCCCUUCAAAUGAAGCCGAUGUUCGGGCACUCAGCUACCCUGAGGCUGUGUUUUUGAAUACCGCGUAUCUUGUCGAAAAUCUCAGGGCUGGUUCUGGCGAUUGUACCAAAGCUCUAGCCUACUUCAUGGAUCCCAAGUUACGCAGUGGCCCAGUAGGGAAUUGCAUGUCCGCUAUCGCUACAACUAUCACGAAGGCGUAUGUGGGAAAGACCCUAUCUGGGCGAAUGCAUUCCUUCUCUACGCCGUAUCUCGCAGAACAACUUGCAACGAUCUUUGCUGGUUGCUGCCAUCGCAUUGCGCGUGUCCAAGAAGCAGCCACUGCGUGUGCUGACAUCAUCAUUCGUGAUGUACCUUCCACCUUGUGCCAAAAGAGUGCUCUCUUUGCUUUGUUGGAAUUGCUUUCCAUCAUGUGGUCUGGCUGCUUGGAAGCGGAAACAGAUGAGUACUCAUGGAACUCAACCUUCUCAUCCAAGAAGUCAAACAUCGUUGUUGAACUCUCAGACAACCACAGCUUCCGGAGAGCCACACUGAACAGCUUUCACAAGCGAGCUGUGGCAUGGGUUACGGGUAUUAUCGAGGUCGCACCUCUCGAUGUCAAAGGUCUGCUCCAGACGUACCUCUCGGAAUACGAUGACGAGGGUGCAUAUGGUCACAUCUCUCUUGGCCGCUCUUUUGCUUUAGAGAUGGGCUCAGUCAUACCCUCUACUGAUCAGAGGCUGGGUGCUAUUGAGCGUCAAGGCAUCAACAUCAACAUAGCGUCAGACUUUGUUGCACAGUACACCACGCGCCAAGAGUAUCGUUUCGUGGAUGGCCAGAAUGAUCAAGAAGAAGAAUGGCUUAGACAGGAUGAUGGCGUGGAGUCUAAGCCUUCGGCCUUCAGUCGCAGUAUCAACGAUGCUACCAGACUACUUGUUGAUUUGGAAAGUCGCACGCUGAGUCACGGCAGUGUUACCAUUGCCGAGCUGCGUGAUAUUCUUCGUCGAGCAUCCGCUCUUCUGUGUCGAGUGAAGACGGAUCAAUCUUCCUUGGUCCGUCAUCUAGUUGGCAUCCCCUUCGCUGUGUUCUCCAAACAAUCCAUCAAAUUGGGUAUUUCGCUGUGGAUGAGCGUUAUCAAGGAGAACCCUAGGAUGGAGUCCCGUAUUCUAGUGGCGAUUGCUGAGAAUUGGGAGAGCGCUGUGCACAAGCGCCGGGGUAUCUUCAGCCCUGCCCUACAACAUCCCGAUCCAUUCUAUGGAAGGCAGGAAUUUGCCCCGACAGAUAAGCCGACUCUUUCGAAACACCAGCAGCAUAUCUACAACCUUAUCGCACCGCAUUACCGGCUCCUACAAUUUCUAUCCAGCCAUUUUAGUGCAUCUAGGCUUGGAAAUCCCGAUAUAGAGCUCGUGUACAGCCGCAUGAUGCAUGUUACCCUCGAUGCUCUCAAAACGGGCUGCAAACAACCGCUCGCCCGGGAAGCUUACUUCCAUAUCAUUCUCUUAGGUUUGCGUGUAGUCCGUCAUUGCACGACUUUGCCAAAAGCGAUUAUAUGGCGCCUAACAGACCGCAUUCUUACAGCCGGACUGGCGUGGUUUGCCAAAGCUCCAGAGUGGUCUUUUGGUGGGAAUCGUCUACAGAUCAAGGCUGAGACCCAUGUGUUGGCCGACGUUCAAACUCACCUUGAACUGGUUGGGAACAUGGCCUCCAAGUCAGAAGGCUCCUUGAAAUCUCUAAAACCGAAACACGAUCUUCUUUCCUUGCUUAUAUCCAAUGAGCAAACACGCCUAAUGGUUUGGCUGUUCCCUCUUGAUUAUGGCAAGAAGCAUCACUUCACUUCUGGACAGCAUAAUAAGACGAUGGCUGAGGCCACCGUAACGGCGCAUUUAAAAACCGCGUGGGACGAGAACCCUGCUAUUGCUGUACAUCUCGCUCAGCGGUUCCAGUCUCAACGCUUGAAUACCGAGGUUCGGUGGCAAGUGCUCAACUUCCCUCAUAAGGUUCUGGAUGAACCUGAUGCUCUCGAAAUUCUGCUUGGAAACGGGCUUCCCAACGAUGUUACUUUCCAGCUUAAGUAUUUGAUGUAUUGGGCUCCCUUGAAUCCCAUCACCACCGUGACAUAUUUCCUGCCAUCUUAUGGCAACCACCCGUUCAUCAUCCAGUACGCCAUGAGAGCACUGGAAAGUCACUCUGUGGAUGUGACGUUUUUUUACGUCUCGCAGAUUGUACAGGCGCUAAGAUAUGAUGUUCUGGGUUAUGUCGAGAGGUACAUUAUUGAGACGGCAAGAUUUUCUCAGCUGUUCGCCCAUCAGAUCAUAUGGAAUAUGAAAGCGAACGCCUACAAGGCCGAGGGGGACACUUUCGAGAUGCCUGACUCUGUCAAGCCUACCCUCGAUAAAGUCUCAGAUAGUCUGAUUGCCAGCUUCAGCCAGUAUGACAAAGAGUUCUACGAACGGGAAUUCGCAUUCUUCAAUGAAGUCACUGGCAUAUCUGGUACACUUCGGUCAAUCUUGCAUGAACCAAAAGAAGCGAAGAAGCAGAUGAUUGAAGAGGAGCUGCGGAAAAUCAACGUUGACGUGGGCGUGUACCUCCCGAGUAACCCAGACGGCGUUGUGAUUGGAAUUGACCGGAAGUCCGGCAAACCGCUGCAAUCUCACGCCAAGACACCUUUCAUGGCCACAUUCCGUAUCCGGAAAUCCAAGUUCGACUCGGAACAAGAAGAUGAAGUUGGUGCUGCGGUGGCUUCCAAUAGCAGUGUUGUUUCGGCGAAACCCAACACGUACGAAGUGUGGCAGUCCGCCAUUUUCAAGGUGGGCGAUGACUGCAGGCAGGACGUGCUCGCGCUCCAGAUGAUAGCAGCAUUCCGUGGAAUCUUCAACAACGUCGGCCUAGAUGUGUGGGUAUUCCCCUACCGUGUCACCGCCACAGCCCCGGGCUGCGGCGUCAUCGACGUGCUACCCAACUCCAUCUCCCGCGAUAUGCUCGGCCGCGAGGCCGUCAACCGCCUCGACGACUACUUCAUUUCCAAAUACGGCAACGAAGAUUCGAUCCGGUACCAAGAAGCGCGCAGCAACUUUGUCAAAAGCAUGGCCGCCUACAGCGUAAUCUCGUUCCUGCUGCAAUUCAAAGACCGCCACAACGGCAACAUCAUGAUCGACGACGCCGGCCAUCUCAUCCAUAUUGAUUUCGGCUUCUGCUUCGACAUUGCCCCCGGCGGCGUCAAAUUCGAGCGCGCUCCGUUCAAGCUCACCCGCGAAAUGAUCGCCGUCAUGGGCGGCUCGCAAACCUCGCAGCCUUUCCGCUGGUUCGAGGAACUCACCGUAAAAGCCUUCCUCGCGUCCCGUCAGCACUGCAACCACCUCUGUCACGUUGUCCAGGUCAUGCUCGACAGCGGCCUGCCGUGCUUCAAACCCGAGACGAUUCAGAACUUCCGCGAUCGCUUCGUGCUCGAGCGCACCGAGCGCGAGGCUGCGGAUUAUAUGAGGGAGCUGGUCAGGAAGAGCGCCAGUAGUUAUAGUACCAGGGAGUAUGAUAGGUUCCAGCUUAUUACUAACGGCAUCCCGUACUAAGCCCUGCUGUCGGUUGGUUCCGGCGGGAUGGCGAGGCAAACGAGGUGUUGUGAUACCUUCAUUACCAUAUGUAGAGCAAGUA